AGAAGCCGAUUCUGGAAGCCAUUACGUUGCGCAGAUCAAUUGAGUAAAUCCUACUAUUUUUGCGUACAAUACGCACAAUUAUAUUUUAAAAACAGGAAUUUAUUCAGAUAUGGCAUCGAAUGCCAAAAAGAGAAAAAUGAAUUUUUCAGAGAGGGAGGUCGAAAUAAUUGUGGAGGAAAUAGAGAAACAAAAGCACACACUCGUUAACCACUUCAAUGCUGGAGUCACUCACAUAGCAAAGAAUAACGCGUGGAUAGAAAUUCUGAAGAAGGUGAACGCUGUAACAACCUGCCCAAGAGAGUUGGCCGAAGUCAAGAAGAAGUGGUCGGAUAUGAAGACCGAGGUGAGGCGCAAAGUGGCCCAGGCUAGGGCGGCAAUUGAGGAGACCACUACCGAGUGCACUCCGGUUCCCGUCAUCCUCACUGCUAUGCAGCAGCGUAUUUGUAACCUCUUGGGAGAGGCGACUAUCAUCAGUUUACCUACUGGAGACCCAGAUGCUGAGAUAACUUUACCUGUUACUAUGAGUUCAGCCACCACCGUGACACUCACAGAGAGUACGUUUUUCACAAGUUUUUAAACCGACUGCAAUUACAUUGACAAGAAGAGCUAGAGUGAAUUCCUGUUCGUCAGAGCUCCAAUGUUACACACUAUUAGUGUGAAGAUAUGUAAAUAGUGUUGUUUAUUUAUGUCACAAUAGCCAUUUGUUCAGGUUGCCACCCAAAAUGAAAGGGAAAACAUUGCUUCAAUACAUUGCUUAAUCUAUUCAGAACACUGUUUCUUUACAGUUUCCUCUCCUCCUUCUGACCUUUUAUUUCUCUGAUAUUUAUAGGCCUUCAGACAGCUUCAGCAUCAUGUGAGGAGACUAAAUCCCUAGAUGGUAAGUCGUUUAUUCCAAGGUUUUAAAUGUUUGGUACUGUAAUUUAUUUUGAGUUAAUGUCACACUUUACUUGAGGCAGUCACAAGGUGAACAACAGGGUGUGCAGGACCAGUAGUGAAUAAUUCUAUCCUUAUGGGCUAAACCAUCUUUCUUUCCACCAGCCGAGACCACGUACCACACACUGGAGGAAGGCGGUGUGGUGGAGUACUGCACCACCACUGAAGCCACGCCCACCGUGGUGACCGCCGUGGAGUCGCAUCCGGUGGAGAUGCUGACGUCAGUGUCAUCCCCUCCGCCGCACAGCCAGGCCAAGCCCCAGGAGCUGAAGAGCCGCAUCGCCCUCAACUCAGCCCGGCUCCUCCAAGAACAGCGGGUCACCAACGUGCACGUGAGGCAGAUCGCCCAGCACCUGGAGGGCCAGAACGAGCUACUGCAGAUGAUCCGGAGGUCCCAGGAGGCGCAGGCCUACGCCCAGGAGAGGCAGGCCCAGGCCCUGGAGGGAACCCAGGCAGCCCUGCUGGCCCUGGUUCAGAUGAUGAGGCCAGCUCUCAAGGACCUGAGGAAGUUCCUGCAGAGUGGGACAGACAACUCCAACACCAACAACAGCUCUGGGGCUGCUGCAGAGGGCUUAGAACAGAGGCCCAAGACCCCGCCUCCACAGGCAGCAGAGGAAGGCUAA